GGACACACCCCCCCCCCCCGGUGCCGCCGCUGGGGCCCCGCCGCGGGGCGGGCCCGUUCGCUCUCCGCGCAGGGCAUGAGCGGAGGCGCCGGGGGCUCGGAGCAGCCCGAGGAGCGGCAGCGGUUCCCCCCGCCCGGCAAGUCCCUCCCCCUCUCAACUCUGGGGCAGAACGGGCUCCUGCGGGCGCUGGUGCAGGGAGCGGAGCCGCCCGCGGGUGAUGGAGAGAUCAGUGAGGAGCUGCAGCGAGCCCGGGAGGAAUGGGAGGCUGUGGAAGAGAUCCAGUCAGGGCUCGGGGGGACACCGGUGGCCGCAGCCCCCAUCUCCUUCAGGGAAGCGCUGCAGUUCUUCCAGGCGGCCGAGCUCGGCGAGUGCAGGGUACGGGCAGGGCCCCGCGCUCGCCCUCUCUGGGGGGAGCUUUAAGGAAGGUGCGUGCUCCGCGGCGCCGCCGGGGCCUGGCUGCUCUGCUUCGCUUCCUCUUCGGGCCCCCCCGGCUCCAGCCGCAGCUGCGGGGGGAGCAGGAGCUGGCGCUGGCCAUGGCGCAGUGUGCUUUGGAUGACAACGAGAGCGUGCACAUGAGGAUCCUGCAGACCAUCUACAAGAAGCUCACCCGCUCCCGCCUGGGCUGCCCGCGCUAUGGGGCGCACUGGGAAGAACUUGGAUUUCAGGGCACGGAUCCCGGGACAGACCUGCGAGGGACAGGGAUGCUGGCCUUGAUGCAGAUGCUCUUCUUUGUCAUGGACCCCCAGAUGCUGCCUCUGGCUCUGGACAUCUUCAAACUGUCCCAGCACGAAACCCAGGAGUUCCCCUUCGGCAUCAUGUCCGUGAACAUCACCCGCAUCGUCCUUCAGGCCCUGAGGGAGGAGCGGCUCUCCCGGGAAUGCAACCGCCGGCAGCAGGUCAUCGCUGUGCUCAACGACCUCUAUGCAGCCGCCUUCCUGCGGCUCUACCGUGUCUGGAAGUGGGAGCACAAGACCAUCGCCGACUCCUGCUUCCUCCUGAAGGAGCUGGAGUUAUCCAUCAAAAGGAAGCCGAAGCAGCUCCUGAAAUCCCUGGAAGCCUUCGUGAGCCGCGGCCCCACAGCCGAGGGUGCUGACCCUCCGUCCCCUCCUUCCCCCUCCAGCCGGGAGCUCAGCUUCACCGGCCUGUGUGACCUGGAGGGUGAACCCCGGCUCGUCUGAAACGCAGGGAGAGGAUCCAUAGGGAAAGCCUGGAUCAGCUCCCAGUGUCGGUUAUGGGGCUCGAUGGUGGGUGUAGGGUGAGGACAGGGUUCCAUGGCCGAGCCAGGAGCCUGGAAUGCCACUGAGGGGAGAGGUCUUGUUGCAUAAACCCCCCCGAAACAACCCUCUCCAGGCUGAAAUCUCUGGAUGUGAAGGAGGAAAACGUGAGCGGGUGCGUUUGUCACCCGUGGGGCUGGGAUAGUCCGUGUGUCUGACCCACAUCCACGCUCCCAUCUGUCUGUACCCCCAGUUUAGCAAUGCUGGAGCACGGGGAUGGGGUUCCCAAGCACAAUCCUGACUCCAGCAGCACCCAGGAGGGUGGGGAAUGGCCCAUUGGGUGUUACUGGUGGGGUGCUGGCUGUUGGAGACAGCACAUCCUCUGCACGUGGGGUGUCCCCGGGGCAUCACUGUGUGUGUUGGCACUGAAAGAAGUGAUUCAAAGGAGGGAAAAUAAAACCAAAUAUGCUUCUUUGGAUGGAAAAGA